AUGAGCGACCUUUCGAACAUCAAUUUAAUGUACUCGCUCCCGAUGCCCUUUGCAGUGCCCCAGGGGUCUCCAACAGCCAGGCAGGAGCAGCAACUCAGUCUAUUUACGUGCAACAGUGGAUUAUCACGUCCAUUUUUGUGCCAACCGACAUUUGGGAAAUUUGGCUAUGGCAUUGUGGAUGCAUUCGUCAAUCGACUGGACAUACGAAAUUCCUCGACAUCGGAUCUCCUCUACCCUGUCUUCUUUUGUGAAUCAGAUGCCUUUGUGGAAAAUGGCGACCUUCCCAGCAGUGAUACCUUUUGCGACAAGGACUGUGUCAUGGUGUACUCGACAACAGAGUUAGGUACCGAAUAUUGUACGUCCUGCGCCUUGAUUGGGACCGACGUGGUAUAUGAUUGUCGGAACUUGCUGAACGUUACGUCCAUUUCGAGCGAACAAGACUACAAGGAAGAUGCAGUUUCAUCUUGCGCAUCGAGAAAUGUGGAUGGAGAUUGUGGUGACUAUGUCCAUUGGGAAUGCAUCAUCUCCGGUCUUGGUUAUAGCUGUCAGAACACGAAUCGAAGAUGGUUGUUCGAGGACUUUGUCUUUCCCUAUGACGAUAUGCUCGGCAGAAGUGACGACUUCACCGUAUACUGCACGACAGAUAUUACUGGGCUAUCCCUGUCCCGCUGUGAGAAUCCAGCUUGCCUAAUUGGAAAUCCAGAUCCAUUUGCUUACUGCGCCUCCUGUACUGUCCUACAAAACAGCUCGUCGCCCCAUAGCUUCGCAUACGAUUGCGGCUCUGCUAGCUUCCAGACAUGGGAUCUCGCCUGCCCAAUUCUGGACGAAAAUGGCGAUUGUCAGGAAUAUGUCGAUCCUUUCAAUGUGUCUUUAACCGUCACAAACGAGAAUGUCAAGGGAAUGCCAUCUUCUAGUGUUGGUCAAAGUGACGAAGAUGAGGUAGACGAGCGCUGGACUUGGACCAUACAAAAUAUCGACCCAACUACCCUAAAUGUCCUUGCUGAUCUUUUUGGAUUCGCCACGAGGACCUUUUUUGGGUUUGCUUUUGCCGCGGUGUAUCCGCUGAUCGUCACUUGGCAACUUGGUCGGUACAAGAAGACGAUUCCAUUGAAUCACUUAGGAGUUGUUCCAGGAGAUGUAGUUCAGGCCUUUGGUUCGCUUCCGUCAAUGGCUUGGACUGCUCCAGCCAUUGCUGUAGCAUUGCUUCUGUUCGUAGCUGACUUUAGCCACACGAUCGCCAUGUUUGGUUUUGACUUUAUCGAUGAAGAGGUCCCGGGCCGAUUGGAUACUAUACUGAGGAUCUCUACAACUGCCCAAGAUCGCAAUUUGAUGCGUUCUUUCAUCAGCGCGGGUGACCCCGAACAGUUUCGAACAUUGUCCAUUUCUAACGCCAUUAAAAAGGGCCGCAUUAUUGAGGGCCGAGAGCAAACUAUGUUGUGGGAGUCGUUCUUUAGGUCGGUUGGAGCAAUCGCUCGGGCUGCCUCUCCAUUUGUCCAAGUGGCGAUUCGGCCAAAACGGGGAACUCUGGUGUUUGGCGGCUUCCAGUACGACACAACGUACAUGCCCGACGACAGCGCCAUUGUAUCAAUGGCAACCGAAAUACCCCUUAUCUGCGAAUCAAGCCAUCCAGCAAUCAUCGAAGAGGCGAUGACGGGAGGAGCUCUGGAUGAAACAGUGUACAAUACUGCUGUAAUCCCGAAUUGUACCUUUUUGGGUAUUCGUCCCUCGGGAGUUUUUAGCGGCAGCUUGGAGCAAGUCGAGAUAGUAGAAAAGAUGUCUACACCACCAUGGAUUGCUGGUUUUGUAGGGGAUGAAGUCCAGCUGAAGAAUGGUGAAGAACUGUUCUACUCUUUUGUGUUGGAUCACGAGCAACGAAAGCUAGCACGCGAUCGAGAUGAUUGGAAAAAGGGUCGCACGCUGGACAAUGUGAUCGACGGUAUUCAGAUCGGAAACGAAACUAUUGAAUUUGGAAGAGUUGUACUGGCUUCUGGGAAUAGUCUGGCUAGUGAUGUUACCAUCGGGAGCGGGAGGAAAUACUACAGUUUAUUUGCUGAAAUUGUAGGAGAGUGUCCAAAUCGGCCAAGCGGACUCCAAUCGACAGGUACACAGUGUUUGGCUAUUGUUCGAAACGAAUGCGACAGCUUCCCAGAAGACACUGACGCCUUGUACAACAAAAUCUAUGCUCCCCUCACAUCUUCUGUAAGCUGUGAAAUAAGCGAGGUGACUUUCAUAUGGGGAAGGAAUUUCGCGGUAGAUGGUGAGCUAGUAAGUGUGGUUGCAGGAGUCUAUGGCCAAGUGAGACCCACAUUGAACGAAUUGAGAUCAUUUGAGGAAAACGUGAUUCCUGCCGCUCUGUUCUCAUUGGGUGUUUUGCACCUAGCUCCAACAGUCGCUUCUACUGUCAAGGCAGAAGUGGACAUCAAAUUCAUUGUCUUCCUACUCCUUCCAAUUGCGCUCGGUCUUGCAGCUGCACUUGUCGCGUACUGCAACAGAAAAAUUAUUCUUCCCAUUCCCCAGACUCCAUGGGAGCUGAUGGUGGUUGGGAAAGAAGAACCGAGCAUUCCGUCAAGAAACAAAAGGAGCGACCCAUUUCCUGAAAUGCCUGAUGAUCUCGUUCUCUAUUUUUUUGAUGCCAAGGAAGACUUACCGGAAGAACAGCUUGGGUCAAGAAUAUUUCGAACAUCUCAAAUUCAGAGAGUCAAAGGUCGUAUCUCUCUCGUUGAUUCGAGCAACGUCUCCAAUCAUUCGUCUCAUUCCGAUGCUUAA